GCAGCAUCAAACCCUUCUUCCCUUGCCUUGGCGGCCCAGUGCCAACAGUGGAGACCUGCAUGUGCAUGGUGCCAGCUGAUCAGCAGGACAGCGUAAAGCAGGCCAUUGAGAAGUACAAGAGUUUGUGAGAGAAUGUAGGAAGAAAGCUUACAGCUACUGGCUGUGGUUUGCUGCAGCCCAUAGCUUGCAAGCGCCCUUUUUGGCUUUACAGCGAACGCUGUAGUAGCUAGGUUGCUGAGGACCGUCUUCUGGUCAUAGCCAAGUCAUGGGUUGUCUCAACCCUUGACUCUCGACCGCAUCGAAAGAAAGUCUAAAAAAACAUUGACCGCGGUGUUGUCGUCAGACCCUCUGGGGCCUUGUGGUCCGGGUCCAGUAGUGCAAUCGGGUGUGUAAACCUUUUGAAACCGAGCUUGUUGUUGGUGCUGUUGCAAAACCAUGUGAUUAAUGUCUGGCAGAUUGAAUUUUUCUAGUUGACAGAACCGACCAAUGAUCGAAAGGAUAGUGUUCAGAGAAGAGUUUGCAUUUUACAUUGACCAUUUCCAUCUAUUUCCAGCAUUUGCUUUGCAGAGUUUGAAGAGUGUGUGAUACUGUUCGACCGGUACAGAAGUUACGCCUAACUGCGUAACAUCUGACAGAGAAUUGACUGAAGAAUGGCUUUCUUGCAAAAUCCCAGGUUCAUAGUUCAUAGUAUGAUAGAAGAUAUAGAAGGUUGAGAUAUAUUUAUAUUGUCUUAUUUCUUUGCUUGCCAGCUCCGGGCUCCUUUGGUUGCAGCAUUUUUGCAGCUUCAACAUUCUCGGACUUUGCUCACUCCUGCACUUUCAGAGAUGGCUGGAAUGAUGGGAGCCAUGGGAGGUAUGGGUGACGGCAUGAAGGAGGCAGCCAAAAAGGCAGUGGAGGAUGAGAUUGCGGCAAAGGCACCUGGCAGCAUCAAACCCUUCUUCCCUUGCCUUGGCGGCCCAGUGCCAACAGUGGAGACCUGCAUGUGCAUGGUGCCAGCUGAUCAGCAGGACAGCGUAAAGCAGGCCAUUGAGAAGUACAAGAGUAUGGGUGACGGCAUGAAGGAGGCAGCCAAAAAGGCAGUGGAGGAUGAGAUUGCGGCAAAGGCACCUGGCAGCAUCAAACCCUUCUUCCCUUGCCUUGGCGGCCCAGUGCCAACAGUGGAGACCUGCAUGUGCAUGGUGCCAGCUGAUCAGCAGGACAGCGUAAAGCAGGCCAUUGAGAAGUACAAGAGUUUGUGGUGUCCAGAGUUGGAUAGCUGGAUCUCGGACAACUAUGACAGGUCUGAUGAUGAGGAUGACCAGCCAGAUGUUGAAUUCACUCUUUCAGGUUACGAAAGCAGUGACUACAAGACAUUGGUGAUUUGUGGACCUGGACCGGCAAGCGCCUUUGCCCUCCAGGUCUUCGCUUUACGACCACUGUCAUGGUGCCUCAAACCCCAGGACUCGGCGCGAGCUUUUCCACCUCUGCCAAAGUCGCCGAAAUUCUUUGAGGUUUCAGAUGCUAACGGAGUGGUGGUCGUUUUGCUGGAGGCGCCGGUUGCAGCGGAGUAUGCUGUGGCAUGGGCAGAGAAAUUACUACUUGCCUUGGAGGGAGCGCAGGUCCUCGUCCUCGACCGAAUUUUGAGAUCCGAGUGGUGCAGUCCCUGUCCACGACCAGAAGAACCUCAUCUCGCAGGGCUCUGGACGUCCUGCAGUGGAAGAGCCGAAAUUCCAGCUUUGCCUGCUCCCAACAUCGUACAGGGGCUUGCAGCUGCUGUGAUCGCAUCCUGCGAAGCCAGAUCAGCCAAGUGCACUGUUGCCUUGACGCUGCAGGAUGGUGCUCAUCUCUCAGAGGGCUGCCUCCAGGGCUUUGAGGUCUUGGUGCCUCUGCUUCAGGAGCUUCAGGUCAUCCAGUCUUGGCAGAGACCGAACUACCGAGAAGCGGUGCAGAAGGUGGUUCCGCCUGCUGCGAUGUCGAUCUAUGCCUGA